ACAGAGGAUGUGCUGCCGCUGCUCCACCAAACAUUAUCUCUUUAAAUGAGAAGACGCUGACGUGCUGCGUGCGUGCGUGAGCUGCGUGAGCUGCGUGCGUGCGCUGCGUACGCCUGUUUGUGCAGAGGAGAGAGAGAGAGAGAGAGAGAGAGAGAGGAAAACAUCAGAGUCAGAUGUGAACGCUUGUGCAGAGAGCAGCUCGUGUAUCGUUUCUCUUUCUCUUCCUCUUCCUCCUCCUCCUCCUCCUCUCACGUUGGACUGGAUGUCAUCGUGAAGCGCGCGCGCGGCUCCUCCUCUUGUGUGUGCGGGCUGUGAGAGCGCAGCUCAUCUUCGCCUCCUGCUCGGAUAUAACAGGCAGGGCAGCGUCCGAAUAAUUAUUUAUUUCUUCCUCGCGCCGCAUCCUCGGCAGGAACGUGAUCGAGAGGCAGCAGCGGAAAGCGCGUGCAUGGAUCAUGGAUUAAUGGCCGAGUGAAUUUUCAUCUAAGAGGUUCCCGAUGUUGAACAUGUCCACCCCCAACGACCUGAAGUCUGCCUGCGUGACUCGCAACGGUAUGGUGAAGUUGCCCCCCAGCCAGCCCAACGGUCUGGGCAGCGCGAGUAUCACUAAGGGGACACCGGCUGCCAAGAACCGCCUGUGCCAGUCGUCCUCGGUUCCCUCCAUCCUGCCUCCUCCGACAUCCUCCCUUUCCUACCACCACCACCUGGACGGAUCCGGCAUGCCCCGCUCCGCAGCCUCUCUCCUCAGCUCGGACCUGGAGUCUGGAAAGACUCUGAUGGGUCUGAAGCCGUCCCUUCGCCAGCUCCCCCCUCUCAAUCUGCCCAAACCCGUGCUGCUGGAGCGCCAGCUCGUCCUGGACGAGAAGCUGCUCAAUCGAUUGCUCUGGUACUUCAACACCAGUGAAAAAUGUGUGCUUGCACAGGUGUGCAAGACGUGGCGCAAAGUGCUGUACCAGCCCAAGUUCUGGGAGGGCGUGACACCCAUCUUACAUGCCAAGGAGCUGUACACGCUGCUGCCUAACGGUGAGAAGGAGUUUGUCAGUCUGCAGGCGUUCGCCCUGCGUGGCUUUCAGUCGUUCUGCUUAGUGGGCGUGUCAGACCUGGACAUUUGUGAGUUCAUCGACAACUACCCACUGUCCAAGAAGGGCGUCCGCUCAGUCAGCCUCAAGAGGUCCACCAUCACGGACGCUGGUUUGGAGGUCAUGUUGGAGCAGAUGCAGGGCUUGAUGCACCUGGAACUGUCCGGCUGCAACGACUUCACGGAGGCCGGUCUGUGGUCCAGUCUGAACGCCCGGCUCACUUCCCUCAGCGUCAGUGACUGUAUCAACGUGGCGGACGACGCCAUCGCUGCUAUCUCACAGCUCCUACCCAACCUCUCAGAGUUGAGCCUGCAGGCUUACCAUGUCACAGACACAGCCAUGGCCUACUUCACAGCCAAACAGGGCUACACCACCCACACUCUGCGGUUACACUCCUGCUGGGAGAUCACCAAUCACGGAGUGGUCAACAUGGUGCACAGCCUCCCCAACCUGACGGCCCUCAGCCUCUCCGGAUGCUCCAAGAUCACAGACGACGGUGUGGAGCUGGUUGCUGAGAACCUGCGGAAGCUGCGCAGUCUGGAUCUGUCCUGGUGUCCUCGGAUCACUGACAUGGCUCUGGAGUACAUUGCAUGUGACCUGCAUAAACUGGAGGAGCUGGUGUUAGACAGGUGUGUGCGGAUCACAGACACUGGCUUAGGCUACUUGUCCACCAUGUCAUCAUUAAGGAGCCUUUAUUUGCGCUGGUGCUGUCAGGUGCAAGACUUUGGACUGCAGCAUCUGUUUGGAAUGAGGAGUCUUCGUCUUCUGUCACUUGCAGGCUGCCCCCUGCUGACCACCACUGGUCUGUCCGGCCUCAUCCAGCUGCAGGACCUGGAGGAGCUCGAGUUGACCAACUGCCCGGGAGCCACCGCCGAGCUCUUCAAAUAUUACUCCCAGCACCUUCCCCACUGCAUGGUCAUUGAGUAAGACCACCGACCCGAGCUGAUGACCAACUGUCAUGCUUCGACCUUCCUCCCAUCUUUACUCUUCCUCACACCCCCUCAAUGCUAACAGGAGACUGAAUUGAACCUACAGUACCACAGCAUUCCUCAUCCCCUGUCCCUCACCCCGUGUCUUCCUCCACACUAACUGAGAGGCAGGAGGGCAGACGAUGGUGCCGAUGGCAUUAAAGCUUCAUUUAAGGAGACGCUGGAAUGAAGAGCUUGAUGUGACGUCUUGUCCAACAGCACUUUUUUCUGGGAAUCAAUGAAAAGGUUUUGUUUGCAGAGAAUACUGAUCUUGUUUGCGCUAAAUGGAAACUAUAAAGGGAGUCACAUGUGCAGGUAAAUAUGCAGCUUAUAGAAAUUGGCAGAAGGGAAAAUAGACCUUUGUGUUUGAGCUGAUACGGUGGAACUCACACACAUGCUCAUACAUGUCCUGUAUAUGGUAAGUGAACAGACGUCUGUCUCUCCAAGACCAUCACUUCUGAUAUUUCUAUCUCCAUCACUAUGUAUGAUAAACAACUGGUUUUCUAUUUCUCAGAGGGAAUCAAAGGCUGGGUAUUCUUUGUUUAGAGAGAGAGAGACACACCACGUGUUGGCAGGAGGGACAUGAAUCAGAAACAACAUGAGACGCAGAUGAGGACAUGAAUGACAGAAACAGGACAUCACUUCUUCUCCUUUCCUCUGGACUCACAGCUUUUUGGAAUGCUACCAAAUUUUCCAUAUUUAUUUGAUGUCUUAUCAGAGAUAAAAGAGGACACAUUUUAGGGGGGACAUCAGUUUCCAUUGUUUCUGUUCUGGAGUUGCAUGCUUUAUUGCAGGCAUUUGUUUCUCUCCUGUCGCCAUCUUUCAUUCUACACAUGUCAUUUAAUUUAUUAAGUCUGAAGGAACAGCUGUGCUAAAUGAUGAAUAUCAUGUUGUUUAAAGGGAAACAUGAUUUUCUGCUGAGCUUCAAGUGCUUUUUCUCAGAUGAAGGUUAGAAAUGUACCAUAAAGAGUAAAGAAGGUGAACAUGAGACUAAAAUGUACGCUGAUAACGUCACGUUUCCAAGUAACCAGGGAUUUUUUUUAUUUAUAUCAUUUAUUUAUUUUAUUAUUAUUUAUUUGGGGUGAUGUACGUUUAGGGUGCAUUUGGUUGAUGUGGAAUUAAAUGGCUUUUAAAUGCAGAUAAAAACACGUGAGGUUCAGUAUGUGCAUCUAAAGCUGCUGCUGAUGCAUCAUGUGACACCUUUGGCGACAGUCAGGUGACAUUUAUUUGAUAUUGUGAAAUGAACAGACAAGGGCCACUGUGAUGUAUCAUUUUAAACUAAAUAUAUAUAUAUAUACAUAAUUUAACUUGUGGGAACUAAAAAGGUUUUUUCCUACAAACCCAGAGUCAGAGAAAUGCUGCUGCCACGACAACAACAACAACAUGUUACAAGAAUAAACAUCAGAUGGAAACAACACAACAUUAUAAGCCGUGUUUAAGUUGUAAGUAGCCAUAGAGUCAUCGGUUAAUAUUAUGCGACACAUUUGAAAUGAUAGCUUAACAUGGAUCCACCCAUAAAACUGAUCUACUAAUUAAUAAUUCAAACAUCAGAGAGCAUCUGAUUCUGGGUGAGAAGGAAGAACAACCAAAGAAUGCAUUUAGAGGGAAAUAAUGUCACAAAGUUGCAAAGGAAAAACCAAUAAAGAGAGAGUCUGGUGUUUCCCACCGUCCCCUGAUAUUAAUACAACAAAGGAAGUGGACGAGUCCAGCAGUGAGACUCCUGUGUGUCUCACUGCCAUGGAUCAGUGUCAGCCAGUAUUAGGUUUUGCCAAACGUGUCCACAGCGGUGGCUGCGAGUGCGUCAGUUCACAGACUGUAGCACGGACACAGCAGACCACGCAUGUUUUAGUUGGUCUGCAUCUCAGUUUUUUUCCUGAGAAGGUUCAAUUCAGAAGUUGUUCUUCAGUGUACAUAGAUUUAUUUAUUUAUUUAUUUAUUUAUUUAACACAUUUGUGUCUUAUUUACAUGAUUUGUUUAUCAGAGAGUGGUUUUUGUAAAGGGUUUAUUUUAUGGAACUCGCUUCCUGUUUGAAUCUGAUUCUUGGUUGGUUUCGUUUUUUAUUUUUAUUUAAUUCAAACUAAUUUUUGUAACAUUUUUCAGACCAUUGGCUAAGUAUUGUACACAUUUAUGCUUUUAGACUCCAGUGACCGUUAACAUCAUUUACUUUUUUGAAGUAUGGCUGUAUGAGGUACUGACACCUGUCACACACUGCUGACACUAUUAUAGCGAUGUCUGCAGCUUCAUCUUACUGUCAUGUCAGACAACCUUUUCCAACUGGAAACACGGCACACGCUUCCUCACCAAGGUUCACCGAGAAAAGAAAUGAUAUCACAGCACACAGGAGUUGUCGGUCUACUGCUGCUUCCAUCAGUAAGUUCAAAUGUCUUAUUUUGUGUAAAUAAACUUAAUUGAUCCCAAGCUGGGAAAUUACUGAGUUUAUUAUAAAUUACUGAGUUUUUUUUUUGUUUUUUUUUGCCGGUUGGAAUCCCCUCCAGCCUGAGUUACCCAAUUCCUUUUGCUGAUUGUUAACUGGACAUUUUCUAAAUUCUCCCAGUCACAUCCAGUGUUCUACUAAAAUAUUGCAAAAAGAAACUUCAGGUCAUCCACUGUGGCGACCCCCAGAGAAGCCGAGAGAAAAAGAACAUUAAAAAUGGGAUUUAUCUAAAUGACACGACCGUAUAAAAUGAGGCAGCAGCUCCUGUGUGAGGGUUCACAAACGUCAGUUUCCAGUCAGAGAAGACGGUCGGACAGUGACGUAAAGUGUCAGGAUGCCAUGUUUUCAGUGAGCGGUGCUGGGUGUGCACAGUGCAGUCAGAACCUCAAGUCAACCAUAAAACAACCUUCAACUCUCCCUUUAUGCUUUUGAAGUCUUGAUGUGUGCAGUAUUUUUUUUUCUUUCUCAUCUGUGCAAGUGUUUGUCAAGUUCUUAAUUCCUGUUCACUCAGAAUGAAGGGAGACCUUUAGAAUUGCCCUCACUGUUGUGAACGGGGCAACAGGAGACUGACCUCUGUCAUGUUUACAGCUCUGGUCCGGAUCAGCCCACACGUGUAUUGAAACUGUAUGAUGAUGCAUACAAGUGUGCUGACAUGCACUGGUACUUUUUCAUGAGUAAUAAAGAACUAGUUAGGUUAUCAAACCCUUUCUAAUUACUGUAAUCAUCCACACAGAUGGGAGGAAGUCAUUCUACACCUGGAGCCAAGAGUUUCCUGUUUUUAGCUUAGCCAUCUCAUGGACUCAUCAUUCAUUUGGCUGCAGCUGAUUACACCAACAUUCUGUUUUGUUGGAACUGGUAACUAUGUAAUUAGAAAAGAAAAAUAAUUUGUAUUUAUCUAAAAUUAUUGUGGUUGUUUAUAAAAAUAAUACUGAAAUGUUGUCAUUUUGCAAAUUCUUCAAUUGUUUAUCUUCUCUUCAUUUCCUGUGUCACAUCAACAUGCAAACCUCUUCUGUGCUCAAAAAAUGGAUUCCAUUCAAAAUCAAUAUCACAGAGUUAUUUAUAACAAGUUGAUCAGUCAUCAUUUCAUUCAACCCCUGGCUCACUUGUGCUCUUUUCAGUAUUUUAGCUUUGAACAAGCUUCAGAGGAAAUCCUAGUCCGUGCACUCAACUGUGACACACUCACUAACAGCAAGGCAUUAUCUCAGAGGCGUUUUCUAAGGUUAACAACUGUUGUUAUUUCUAUAACUGUCUACAGUCUUUGCUCUACAUCUGUCACCAUUUUGUUACAACCAUUGUACAGCACAACUUGAAGUAAGCAGUAAAAUAAAUCCUGAUAGUUUACUGAUAA